AUGUCGCAUAGUAAUCCACCGUUGGUGAAUGAGUCCUUUGUGACUGUUGGGAGUGCGGUGGGGGCGGACGUCAUUUCACUCCCGGAGGAUGUUUCCACGUGGCAGAUCCUCAAGAGUUUCUUCAUCACCGGCGCCCCACUCACAGUGGCCACCAUCUCGCAGUUCUCCAUCGUGACGGUUCUUCUCUCCGUCGUCGGCAAAACUUUAGGGGUCGACGAACUCGGCGGGGCAACACUCGCACUCGGUCUUAUUAACGCCACCGCAUUUGCAUUCGCCGCCGGUUCCUGCGGGGCUCUCGAAACGGUACUUUCACACACUUAUGGUAUUAAUCAAGCUCAAACAGGGGGAAGAGGGACUAUGUACAUGUACGGUACCUAUACACAACGUAUGUUGAUCAUUUUGCUUAUUCUUACUAUUCCAUUAGGGAUUAUAUUAAUAUAUGCAGAUGUAUUUUUGGAAUAUAUUGGACAAAGUCCAGAAGUUGUUCACUUUACUGGACGAUUUUGCCGUGUUGCCGCAUUUGGUAUUCCAAGUAUACAAGCUUUUCAAGUAUUGGGUCGUUAUUAUGCUUGUCAACAUGCCACUACACCUCUUUCAGUGGCAUCUGUUGUUGCAUCUUUAAUGAAUCCUCUUUUGCAAGUAGCAUUUAUUAAAUUAUUUGGAUUUGAUGGUUCCCCUGUGGCAUGGUUAUUUCUAUUUACUGGAAUUGAUUGUGGUUUGAUUGCGUAUGCCUAUUACUCUGGUCUUUACAAACAAACAUGGGCUGGAUGGGAUGCGAACGCAUUUCGAAAUAUUGGACAACUAGUUAAACUUGCUAUUCCUUCUAUGGCGAUGAUGUUAAGUGAAUGGGUUGCUAUUGAGGUGAUUUGUAUUUGUGCGGGGUUUGCUCAACCAUUUGAAUUAGCAGCUUUUUCUAUUACAAUGCAAGUAUUUGGUAUAUCAUGGGGUAUUGCUUCUGGAAUAAUGAUACUGGUUACAGUUUUUAUUGGAAACGCUAUUGGAGAAGGUAAACCAGUAUUAGGUAAACGUAUUGCUAAGACUGCUAUAGUAUUAGUUUUUGCUAUUGCACUCUUUGAUGUUACCCUAUGGUGGUCUUUGGAAGAUCAUAUUCCUAGUUUAUUUACAGAUGAUGAAAGAGUGGGUGGAGUAUAUCGAAGACUUAUGCGUAUUGUGCUUCCUUAUCAUAUAUUUGACACCUUUCAAAGUACUGUUAUGGGUAUAUUACGUGGGUGUGGAUUACAAAAAAUCGGUGCUCUUGUUAUUACUACAGCGUUAUGCAUAGUGGGUUUACCAGUUGCAUUUAUUCUCUUUUUUCGUGUUAAAUAUGGAAUUGAGUCUUUAUGGAUAGGACCUUUUUCUGGUGUAGCCUUAGUGGGAACACCCUCUUACAUUUACUUACUUUUCUGGUACAUUGAUUGGCCUAACUUGCGUCCACAUGAGGAAGGUACACAGUCAUUUGAAGAGGAUAGCUAUUCACCGCGGCGAGUGAGUGUUGAAGGGAUGGAGGUGGUGGUGGAAGUGGAGGAGGAAAAUAAUCAUUCAAGGGGAGUUCCCACUAAUGGUGAUAAUAAUAAUAAUAAUAAUAAUAAUAAUAAUAAUAAU